AUGAACAGCAGUGCAGAGAGGAAAUUCGUCAACUUGAGGAAGCGUCUGGAUCAGCUGGGCUACAGACAGACACUGGGGAUAGAGUCAUUGCCAUUGGUGGAGAAACUCUUCAGUGAUCUGGUCCACACAACAGAAAGCCUGCGCAAUGCCAAACUAUCAGCAGGGAAGAUUGAGAAAGAAAGUCAAAACUUUGACGCCCUCUUGGAGCCAUACAGGACAGACAAUGCUCGGCUGGUCAGGGAGAACAACGAGCUGCACCUUGACCUUCUGAAGCUGAGGGAGGAAAAGGAUCGUGUCAGCAGAGAGCUCAAGACCCACAUCAGAAAACUAGACCAUGAGUCAACCGACCUGAAGUUUUUAAACAAUCAGUAUGUGCACAAGGUGCGCAGCCUGGAGAAGGAUAGUAAAGCUAAAGCUGAGCGCAUCCAACAGCUGCAGGAGAAGAACAUGCAAGCUGUGGUGCAGACACCAGGUGGAAAAAAGCGCAGUAUUCCCUUCAGACGUCAGAGAAUGCAGAUUGAUGAACUCAUACCUCCUUCUUCUACAUCAGCUUAUCCUGUGUCCCAGCCUGAUGAUCCUUACAUUGCCGACCUUCUGCAGCUGGCAGAUGGAAGGAUUCUUGAGUUACAAGAUGAUAUCAUAAAAUGGAAAUUAGACCUGGAAAAUUCUCAAGAAUAUAUAAAACACUUAAAUACACAGGUGGAGGAGAGGGAUAAAGAGAUUGAGCGUCUGAAUCGUGUACUUCAAGGAGGACGACCUCAUGAUGUCAUUUCCCUCGAGGCUCAGAAUAUCAGCAAUGAGAAGCUAAUCGCCCAUCUUAACCUUCAGAUUGAGUACCUACAGGAGACCAACAGGAAUCUUGAGCAGAAGAUAGAGGGACUGCAGCAGAAGAAGAAGGACGCCUCCAACGAAGUGGCCAAUCUGUCUUUAAAGAACCUGGAACUAUGCGAGGAGCUGACGCACAUAGACGACCUCGCCAAGCGUCUGGAGAUGGACAAGGAGCUGGUGCUGGAGACUGCCGACAUGGAACUGCAAGAAACUAAAAAAGAAAUUAAAAGGCAGCAGAAAAUCAUUGAAGACCUGGAGGAUGUUAUUACAAAAUUAAGAAGGGAGCAGUCUGAAAACGACUUUGAAAAAGACCGUCUUAGAGACCAGAUGGCGGAGCUCAAAGAGCAGAAUGAGAAAAUGGAGGGACUGGUGAAUUUCCUGGAGGAAGAGAAAAUCAGGCUGCAGGACAAACUGGAGAAAACCAUGGCAGCUGACAAACACUUGGUGCUGGAGUUGGAGACCUUGCGGGCUAAACAUGGUGUUUGUGGAAAGGAACGCUCCCCAUCGCGUCUGGAUGCGUUCGUCAAGAGUCUGGAGGAGGAGAGGGAUUACUAUCGCCAGGAGGCGGAACGAUACAGAAGAACUAGAGGAGUUAACAGCCUGGAUUUGAGCCCGAGUCGCAGUCCAGGCAGGGGCAGGAGUCCUGUGUCUAAAGUCACCAGGGUAAAAGAAGAAGAUGAAAUUGAUUGAUAUAUUUUGAAUAGAGUCCGGGUCAUUUGUUAUAGAAAGCUAAUGGAAAAGUUAAUCAUGGCCUCACAUUUUCAGGGAGGUGUUAUAGAGUCGGAACUGCUUCGUGUAGUAAAGGAAAGAGAUGAACUGAAAGCUGCUCUGUUGGACUUUGAGGAGCAUAUGGAGGACAUCCAGAACAAAGUGAAGAGCCUCAGUGCUGAAAGAGACCAGUUCAAAACCUUGUUGAAACAGGCGCAAGAGGACUUAAAGCUUUCUCCUAGCACUGAUGUGUCAGCUGACGUCUUUACACUGAAGGAGGAGCUCAAACGGGCAGAAAUCCAAAUCCAGCAGAUGACUAUUGAAAGAGACACACUGAUGGAGAGAUUAAAGGUAGCUCAGACUUCAGCUCUCACAGACAGACAGGAAGAGGAAAGGAGGAUUCUCGACCUGGAGGAUGCCAUUAAGAGCUUGGAACGGGAGAAACAGGACUUGCGGUCACAGGUGUGUCUGCUGAAGGAGGGCAGGGACGCUGUGGAGCAGGAGCUGAAGGUCCGGUCUGUUGCGUUGGUUCAGAACGCAGAGGAUACGGCCCAGCAGAGGGCAGAGUCUAACGCUCUGAGGUUGCUGCAGGAACAGAUGGAGCAGUCGCUGUCAGACACCCAACACAGGCUGUCUGUGAAGAUGAACGAGCUGCUUACUGCUCACGAGGAGAUCGACAAACUGGAGGAGAGAAUAGGGGAGCUGAGUCAACAGGGCUCCAAGCACAAAGAGGAAAUGGCUGUUCUUCAGAAGUCCAUCUCUGCCCUGGAUAGAGAGAAAGACGCUCUGCAGGAUGAGGUGGAUGAAAAGACUGAAAAGCUGGUUGUUCUGCAGGAGGAGUUAUACAAGAAGGAAAAGACCCUUGAAGAUGUGAGACUAACAGUUACAAACAUGGACACCUCACUAGCUCAACUCCAGGGGGCAUUAAACAGCCGCGAGAGGGAGAUAACCAGCCUCAGGAGGCAGCUGGACGCCUCUGAAGAAGAGCUGGCUGGACUCAGGAGAGACAAAGAAAUCACACUCAGAGAGAACAGAAGGCUUCAAGAUGACCUGGCCACCAUGACCAGAGAGAAUCAAGCUGUACACGUGGAAAUGGAAGAGGCUUUGCACGAGAAAGACGAGCUGAAGCUGAGGGUCCACUCUUACAUAUCGGAAGUGUCCAGAAUAGAGAAACUGAUGGCCACAAAGGAGCAAGAGAACAGGGACUUGCUGGAGCGCUUCCGAAUGACCCACUCCGAGAUGGAGGAGCGGGAGCAGAAGCUACAGCAGGCUGAAGGCCUCAACAGCUCAAUCCGCCUGGAGCUGCUCUCCUCCGACUCCGAACGCAGGCACCUCCGAGAUACAUUGAGCCAGCAGGAGAGAGAGAUCCAGCAGCAUAUGCAGGCCCUGCAGGCUUAUGAGGCCCAAGUGUCAGCGCUGGCUCGCGGGAUGUCCCGACUAGAGGAGGAGCUCCGCAACACUCAGGAGGAGAAGGCCAGCCUGCUUUCUGAUCUGGCUUCUGUCAGGGAGCUCUGCGUCAAAGUGGACUCCGGCAAGGAACUCAUUGCACGCCAGCUCACCUCUAAGAGCAUGGAUCUGGAGAGGGUCACAGGAGAACUGGAAGACGUUCAGUCGGAGGCAGAGCUGCUAAAGAAACAACUGGCCAGCGAGAGGUUAGCCGUCCGCAACCUGGAGACGUUACUCUCCACCAAUCGGCAGAAGGAGUUCCAAACCCACCUGACGGCCAGCGAGAAGGACUCUGAGCUGAAGGUCCUACGCGACAGACUCACCCUGGCUGACAGCAAAACCACGGAGCAUUCAAGAGAGGUAUCUAAUCUCCGUGGCAAAGUGUCUCAGCUGCAGACAGAGAUGGACGUUCUGAGAAGACAGUUGACCACUGAGCGCUUUGAACGUGAAAGGGCAGUUCAGGAGAUGCGCAGACAAGGUUUGUCAUUCUCGUCCCUGCGGAGCUCGUCGCCCCUCAGCAUCUCAUCAUCUCAUCACAUCUCCCCUGAACGCUCCAUCCUCCGGUCUUUCGAACGCUCCACUGACAAGUCGGCAGACAAGUAA